AUGGACUCUCAAGGGCGGAAGGUAAUUGUGGUCGACAAUGGAACCGGGUUUGUAAAAUGCGGAUAUGCAGGCACAAAUUUCCCAGCGCACAUUUUUCCAUCAAUGGUCGGACGGCCGAUUGUCAGAUCAUCGCAAAAAGUCGGAAAUAUUGAAAUCAAGGAUUUAAUGGUCGGUGAGGAGUGUUCGCAGUUACGACAAAUGCUGGAAAUCAAUUAUCCGAUGGAUAAUGGAAUUGUGCGAAAUUGGGAUGAUAUGGCUCACGUUUGGGACCACACGUUCGGUCCAGAGAAGCUUGACAUUGAUCCAAAGGAUUGCAAAUUGCUCUUAACUGAGCCACCAUUGAAUCCGACGAGUAAUAGAGAGAAAAUGUUCCAAGUCAUGUUUGAGCAAUACGGUUUCAAUGCGAUAUACGUGGCAGUUCAGGCCGUGCUGACCCUUUAUGCUCAAGGCCUUCUCACAGGUGUCGUUGUGGAUUCUGGAGACGGUGUUACUCACAUAUGUCCGGUAUAUGAAGGAUUUGCACUUCAUCAUCUCACCAGAAGACUUGACAUUGCUGGAAGAGACAUUACCAAGUAUCUCAUCAAGCUUUUGCUCCAAAGAGGAUACAACUUUAAUCACUCUGCUGAUUUUGAGACAGUUCGCCAAAUGAAGGAGAAGCUCUGCUAUGUGGCCUAUGACGUCGAGCAAGAAGAGAGAUUGGCUCUAGAGACUACUGUGCUCUCUCAGCAAUACACUCUUCCCGAUGGGCGAGUUAUUCGACUCGGAGGCGAGCGAUUCGAGGCGCCCGAAGUUCUGUUCCAGCCGCAUUUGAUCAACAUUGAAAAAGCGGGAUUGUCUGAAUUGCUGUUCGGAUGCAUUCAAUCAAGUGAUAUUGAUACUCGUCUCGAUUUCUACAAGCAUAUCGUGUUGUCCGGCGGCACGACAAUGUACCCGGGAUUGCCGAGUCGUUUGGAAAAAGAAUUGAAGCAGUUGUAUUUGGAUCGAGUACUUCAUGGAAACACUGAGGCUUUCCAGAAAUUCAAAAUUCGUAUCGAAGCGCCGCCUAGCAGAAAACAUAUGGUGUUCCUCGGUGGAGCUGUCCUCGCGAAUUUGAUGAAGGAUCGUGAUCAGGACUUCUGGGUGUCGAAGAAGGAAUACGAAGAGGGCGGACUGGCGAGAUGUAUGGCGAAACUCGGAAUCAAAGCCUAA